CAGCCAGGCAGUAGGCAGUCAUAUCGCACGCCGCCCUCUCGCCGUGCGCACGCCACGCGCCGUCUGAUCGCGCGAUCGCCACCGUCGGCCAUACCACAGCGUAAUAUAAUACGCGCUACAGUUUACAGUUUUCGUUAAUUAAUGAGUGAGAGUUUAGUGACGAUUCUAGUGGAACAGUUGUUUUAUAUCUGGAACUGGUGUUUGUCAUAUUUAGUUCACCUCUGCCUGUAGAAUGCUGGUCGCGCUGAUGUUUUGAGAGCUGGUUGGUGGCGGACCAGUAUGGCGUACUAUCGGUGCGGUCCCACAGCUAUUGGGAACCGGACGUCGUGGGGGCCGGUGUCCUCGCCGAGCACUGCCGACAACAGCUUCGACAGACCGCUGAGCGGGAACUUUGAUCGGAUCUUUAACGCUUUCGAGAGGACCAAUGCGUUCGAGUACGUCCGGAGCACAUUCGAAGGAGGCAAAGAAGAGGAACGCCACGUCGGUCACGGAGAUAUAGUUGUGAACAGAAAGAUGAGCAGCAGUUUCGAGCGCGCCGACUGCGCUCUGGCCGCGCAGACGCCGUGCUCGGAGGAUGAAGAUUUCUACCGGGAGAAGAUUCUAUACUCGCAGGCGAGGCAACUUUUCCCCCUUCAAGAGGAUCUGGCCGACUGGAUCAACAAGACUGUUGGCAUCACGUACCUGACGGGCGAGAACUUUUUGGACGUGUUGGAUAAUGGCGCGGAGCUGUGCCAGCUGGCGGCCGUCAUACACGACAGGGCGCGGGACGCCCUCGACCAGGGGCUCAUCGUUGGGCCGGUUCCUCAGAUCCGCGGCCGGUGCUGGCAGCGCGCGGCGCGACGCAGCUUCUUUUCCCGCGACAACACCGAGAACUUCAUCACGUUCUGCCGGGAGCUUGGAGUGCACGAGAACUUGUUGUUUGAAAGCGAUGACCUCGUGCUCCACAACCAACCACGUCAAGUUAUCCUCUGCCUCCUGGAGGUGGCGCGACUGGCGACGAAGUUCAACAUAGAACCACCGGGAUUGGUGCAGCUCGAAAAGGAAAUCGCGUUGGAGGAGCGCGACUCGGGGCUCGACUCCGCCAUGUCGGGCGCCGCCUGGCAGUUCAGGGACUCCUCGCCUGUCCCUCAGCUCGAGAAAUCCAUAAAAGAUCCACCGCCCUCCUCGCCACAACCUAAUGACAAUCAACUGUCGGUGCCAGACAACAUAGAUGCGGAAAGCACCAAGUCUGAAGAGACAGUGGGCAGCACGGACUCUGAUGUGCCGCUGAAACCCACUAAUGAAUUAGAUAAAAGAGUUCAACUGGUGACUCGGUUGAUGGAACGCGGUUGCAACUGUAACUCCGGGAAAUGCUCCAAACUACUGAAGGUCAAGAAGGUCGGCGAAGGUCGUUACAACAUCGCCGGCCGAAACGUCUUUAUAAGAUUGCUGAAAGGUCGUCACAUGAUGGUUCGCGUGGGUGGCGGCUGGGACACCCUCGAGCACUUCCUGUCGCGGCACGAGCCCUGCCAGGUGCGCCUUGUCACGCAGGGCCGUAAGGGCAACGUGCUGCCUGUUACACUUCCACCCACCGACACCGAGGAUGCGCAGAAGUUGUCGCCCAUCGCUCGCAAGUCGAGUACCAUAUCACCGGCCAGCAGCAAAAAUUCACUCACUAGCAAGGAGCCAUCUAUCGCCGGCACUGUUUCACCUGUAGAUAGUAAAGCUUCUUCUGUAAGCGGCAAAAUAUCACCAGUAGAAGUUAAAAGCGGUAGAACCACUCGCGCGUCUAGUAAAGCUAGUAGCGGCAAAAACUCCCCACUCCAAGAUUCCCGCAAGACUUCAACGCCAAUCAAACCUGCUACGACCAGAAAUCUAAGGUCAGCUUUAACGUUACCUUUGAAAACGGACUCGGUCGAUGGCGGCCAACCAAAGCCAGCAGCACAACGCACUAGAAAACAAUCAGCACCCUCUAGCUUUAGCACUCCGAACACACCGACCGGUAGAUCGCUUAGGACUCCUCCCUCGGAACACAGAAAGUCGAUCACUUCUACCACUUUGUUGAACGCUCCAAAGAAAUCGCGAAGUAUGAGUUUGGCCGUCGCACAGAGAGAAGAAAAGAAACCAUUCUGCGGCACGGAUAGACUGAAUCAAGUAAAGAAAAACAGAAGCUCGAGCGCUGCGACUACGCCGACUGAAACUGCCACGUCAAUCGCACGGAAGACACGCAGCCAGAGUCUCGCGUCGACACCUGUCAACGAGCCGAGGAAAUCCUUCUCGGGGACAAAUGGUUACGCAAAGAAAACGAGGAGCAUGAGUUUAGCGACUCCUGUUGAGUACGCCAGACCUAUGAACAAGAGCCUAUCGGUAAUGGUGAACGGAGCGCUGACGCAGGCCGCCAUAGAGGAGAGCAUCAGACUCUCUCUAGCAGCCACCAUAGCAGAUGACGCCUCGCCGAAAAAACCGUUUCUGCACAUCAAAGCCAAAUACAGGAGUCCCCCGCCGCGGGAAGUACCACCCAGAUAAUUACUGAUCGAUGCAUUCCUCAUUCCAUUAGUUUUAAAAUUUGACAUAUUUAAAUAGGAUACACGACAUGUGUUAUCGUGUUGCAAAAUAGAAAUGAUUCUAUUAUUAUAUUAAGUACGUCGUUACGGGCAUUGUAAUUGAUUUCAAUGACAACUGCACUCAUAUUAGACCUACUGCCUAAUUGAAUAUGGUUUAAUAGAAGUUAUUGUACCUAGAUAUUUUUCGAUUUAGCAACGUGACAACAUGUCGAAAGUGUCUCCUCGUACAUUUUAGAUAUCGCUAACGUGGAAAUAUGAGUUCAAUUAACGCGCGAGCGUCUACAAAUAACAUGUAAGCAUUAUUUAGAUCUCUUAAGCAAUCUCGUCGACAUUUAUUAGCACGUAGCCGCUUUAAUUUAAAUCAGGUUCGUACACCCCCCCCCCCUGCGCGGGACUAGUCAUAAUGAAUUGUUUUUGUAUUGAUGUUAUUAAUUAAAUAUUAUAUUAAUGUAAUACUAUUCCAACUGCAAUAAUUCGAAUAUGAAUAAUAAUUUAAUUGUAUUAUAAUUUCGGUGAAUAUUACCUAUUUAAUAAUUAAUCCGUCAUUAAGAAUGUUUGGGCGGAGUGAUGUCUCGUUAGAUUAAUCAAUUCCAGGGCCAUAAUCAUUUCUUGAACAUUUCUUCGACAUAAAAUUAGGAGUUAUAAUUUAAAAUAUUAGUUUUUAUCGUCAUGUUUGCCGUUUUAUUAUCAAGUAACCAUACAUAUUGAAUAACACUUUAAUCCACAAAAUAGUUGAUAGUGACAAGUGGCCUCAACAACGAUCUGUACGGUACAAAGUUGUCGAUAUCCACACAUCCUAUAUUUUGAUACGGAACAUUAGAAAAUAUUUUUGCACGUCCAAUAGAUAGAUAACAUUAGAUAGACACACAAAUAGCAAGUCAAUAGGUGUAGAUGGGUAGAAGGAAUGUGAAACGUGAUUCUCAGGUGAAAUGGAAAACAUCUUCGACUGUUCGUAAUUACAUAGAAAGGAAACGAGAAUCAAGAAGGAAGGAUUCAGUUUCGUGUUAUCAGAAUGUCUAGUGACGUCAGCGAAUUGUGAAAGUUCAAAUAUUUCCAUAGUGGGAACAUAUAUCCUUCAUUUUAUACGGCUCGAUAUAAAACUCGGACUGUUAUCGAUUAAAUGGCUAACUUCUGAUACACGCCGAUGUAUCGAGAUAGAGUCAUUGCGCCUAAAAUCGAGAAUCGAAUUGAGUUUAAUUCCAUCGGGCCUACUCGAGCUUCGCAACUUAUCGAUAUUAUUAAGUGAGCUGUAUCUAUUCGUGUAACUGCCAAUGUACCUUCUACGAUACGAUACGAUUGUGCCAACAAUUUUUUUUUUAAUAAUUAUGUAUGGUUGAUAAUAAACUUUUUAAUAUUCACAUUA